UUUCUUUAAAAUAUCUUACUUUCUCUUCGUUUUUCACAUAUUUGGUUACAGUUUGGGUUCUGAUUCCUAAAAGUGUAGAUCACCUUCUUCUUGCUCUUGAGAGAAGAACAAGAAACGAAAAAAAAAAAAACAAAAGAAAAGGAAAGAUAAAGGAAAUAAAGACUAAUACAGAAUUAAGGACUAUGGGGAGAGGUAGAGUGGAGCUGAAGAGGAUAGAGAACAAGAUAAACAGGCAGGUGACGUUUGCGAAGAGAAGAAAUGGGUUGUUGAAGAAAGCUUAUGAGUUAUCUGUGCUCUGUGAUGCUGAGGUUGCUCUCAUCAUCUUCUCUAACCGUGGCAAGCUCUACGAGUUUUGUAGCACAUCUAACAUGCUCAAGACCCUUGAAAGGUAUCAGAAGUGCAGCUAUGGUGCAGAAGAAGUCAAUAAACCAGCCAAGGAGCUCGAGAGCAGCUAUAGGGAGUACUUGAAAGUGAAAGCAAGAUUUGAGGCCCUGCAACGAACUCAGAGGAACCUUCUUGGAGAGGACCUCGGACCUCUGAAUACUAAAGAGCUUGAGCAGCUCGAGCGUCAGUUAGAGUCGUCAUUGAACCAAGUUCGGUCAACUAAGACCCAGUAUAUGCUCGACCAACUUGCUGAUCUUCAAAAUAAGGAACAUCUGUUGCUGGAAGCUAACAGAGGUUUGACAAUAAAGCUGGAUGAAAUCAGUGCAAGAAAUAGCCUCCGACCAUCAUGGGAAGGUGAUGAUCAGCAAAAUAUGUCCUACGGCCACCAGCAUGCUCAGUCUCAGGGGCUAUUCCAGGCUUUAGAAUGCAAUCCCACUUUGCAAAUAGGCUACAACCCUGUUGGUUCAGACCAGAUGACUGCAACAACACAUGCCACCCAGCAAGUCCAUGGGUUCAUUCCAGGAUGGAUGCUUUGAGUUUUGUGCUCUUCAUUGCUCAUAAGAGAACACCUACUAUGUAACUUUCUCUCUUGUUGUUGGUAAUGUGUAAAUGAUUUCAAGAGCAUGUGUACUUCAUUUGGAGAUGAAAACUUCUGUGACUGGAUUUCAGAACUUUAGCCAGGGACAAGAGGCAUGUAAGAAGUUCAUAAUUAUUGCAAGAACUUUGGAAGACUUAAUUUGUUUCUC